AUGGCCAAGUUAGAAUCACUCAAUGCAAAAUUCGAUCAGGAACCCCAAUACCGCGCCGAUUAUGAAAGGGUAUUGCAAUGUUACUUAGAUACGGGAUUUAUUGAGAGGUUAGAAGCCCGCAGAAUUGAAGGAUAUUACGUGCCUCACUUUGGGGUGAAAAAGGAGAGCCAUACCACCUCCUUACACAUUGUGUUCAAUGCAUCAGUGAAGUCCAUGGACAGACUGUCAUUAAAUGAUUGCCUUCCAUCUGGCCCCAACUUGGUAGAGGCAUUGCAUAACUUCUUAGUGAAGUAUAGAUUUGGCCGAUAUGCCUUAAUUGCAGAUAUUAGCAAAGCAUUCCAUCGCAUAUUGUUAGAUCCAAGUGAUGCAAAGUACACACGAUUCCUCUGGCAUGAGGCGCCUAAUCAAAUGGCAACCUUCACCAUUCGGGUUGUGGUAUUCGGCGUCACUGUGAGCCCCUUCCUACUGCAACAAGACCUUCAGACUCAUUUGCAGAGGGAAGGACAGCCAGACUUGCUUAGUCAAUUUUAUGUAGAUAAUUAUAUCCAAACUUUCAAUGAAACGCAAUCGCUGAUGCAGGAACACAAGUGCAAGAGAUAA